UGAUAUACGAUAGCCCCGGUAACGGAUCGUUCAUUUCGCCUCGCGUUGUCCGAAAUGUGGCUUGCGACUUUUUCCCGUCGUUAAUGUAUUUCGUGUUGCUUGGAGAGUCGAGAGAAGAAGGCGAGCGAAAACGUGUCAAGAGUGCUGGAACGAGAUUCCCAAGCGUUGAUCUUCGUGCUUCAGAAUCUUCAAAGGAGUAACCUGAUUCACGAAGAUGGAGGCUACCGGGAUGAUUAGUGGUACUCCUGCGCAUCAUCGGGAGGGCAAAAAGUUGUGGCAGUACCUCGCAUCCAUGUCCGCUUCCUUAAUGGCUGUCGGCGUCGGCACCGCUCUGGCCUGGACGUCUCCCGUUCUACCUCAGCUAUACGAACCGGAUUCAUGGCUGGUCAUUACCAAAGAACAAGGAUCCUGGGUUAGCUCAUUGCUGGCUCUGGGCGCGAUGCUGGGUGCCAUCCUGUCCGGACCAAUGGCCGACAAAGUUGGACGGAAAAAGUCGCUUCUUCUGCUGACCGCUCCAUUUCUUCUAUCCUGGCUGAUUAUUAUACUUGCCUUCAAGCUGUGGCUGAUCAACGUAGCCAGGUUUAUAGUGGGCGUCGGCGUCGGUGCGGCUUGCGUCCUCGUACCGACUUAUAUCUCGGAAAUUGCGGAGACUUCCACCCGAGGCACUCUCGGUGCUAUGUUCCAGCUGUUCCUCACGGUUGGAAUUUUGUUGGCCUUCAUACUUGGAGCGGUCUUAAGUUACACAGCGUUCGCUGUAAUCUGUGCUCUCAUAGAGAUCGCCUUUUUUGCUUCCUUUGUGUGGAUGCCAGAAUCACCUGUUUGGCUAGUGAACAAAAAACUGAAACCGGAAGCUACGCAUGCAAUGGUAAUCUUCCGAGGAGAGUCUUACGAUCCAUCCGAGGAACUCGCGGAGAUGCAACGGGAGGCUGAGCAGGCAGCGUCGAAGAAAUCGAGCAUAUUUGAUCUUGUGCGAACGCGGGCAGCCAAAAAAGCUUUGCUCGCUUCGUUGGGCGGCAUGCUCUUUCAGCAAUUGUCCGGAAUAAACGCAGUAAUCUUUUAUACCGUUACCAUUUUUCAGGCAUCCGGCAGCUCGAUGUCGCCGGAACUCGCCUCUAUUGUCGUAGCAGUUGUUCAGGUUGUGAUGUCAGGUGUAGCAGCUGUAAUUGUAGAUCGUGCUGGAAGGAAGCCACUGCUUAUAUUUUCCUCAAGUGUUAUGGCAGUCAGUCUUGUAGCUCUUGGUCUUUACUUCAAUAUUAAGGCAAACGAAAAUGACGUCAGCAAUUUAGGCUGGUUACCGCUCACAUCUCUGACAUUAUUUAUGAUCUCCUUCUCUAUUGGGAUGGGUCCGAUACCAUGGAUGCUGAUGGGCGAACUAUUUCCUGCAGAGACCAAAGCGGUCGCUUCCGGUAUCGCUGUGAUGCUGAAUUGGUUCCUCGUGUUCUUGGUGACGAAAACUUUUCCGAUGAUGAACGAUGAAUUAGGUGCGGAUGCGACUUUUUGGAUUUUUGCUGGAAUUAUGGUGGUCGGAACUGUGUUCAUAUACUUCUUUAUACCGGAAACUAAGGGAAAAUCCUCUCAAGAGAUUCAGGAGGAGCUACAAGGCAACGCUCGAUUCUAGAUGACAAAUACCUGAAUUGCAUUGAUAAACGCGAAAAUUCGCACUGACGUAUUUUACUACGACUGUCGAUUCAACAAUAGUAUCCAUCAAAACGUAAAUAAUUUAAAAUGUUGUUUAUUAUCUAGUUAAAUUGCAGAUAUAAGAAGAUCUUGAUAUAACGUGAUGAAAUAUGCAUAAACGAACAAAAAAGAGAAACAAAUUGAAAAAUAAAUAUCAAGUUGUAAGAAGAAAAUGGAUAAACACACCUCACAAUUUACAACUUCAUAAUUUAUCACCCUUUUUGUUACGUAGUUCAUAAGUUUAACUCAUUUACAAUAUUUAAAUAUAUUGCCAUAAAUCUUU